GUAGCACUGCAUUCCCUAAGUUUCUUGGGCUUUUGGUUGUGAGUGCCUCUUCUCAGCAAGCUUUCCAUCAUGAUUGAGCCCUUCUUGGGAACCUGGGAGCUGAUCUCCAGUGAAAACUUUGAGGAAUACAUGAAACAACUGGUAUUCACUUUCUCCAGGAGCUGUAAGAAACUUGUUUCCCUGUUUCUUCAUGGAUUCAUAGACUCACGUGUUUUGAGUUUAAAUUUGGGGGCAUUAAGAAACUUUGGGCUUAUGGCAAGAGUAGCACUUGGUUUGACUGGGAGCUGGGCUUAGGCGGAGAAGGACAGCUGCGUGCCUACUGUGUGUCACCGCCAUGCUAAGUCCUUUCCCUUCACCUCCUGGCACACCUAGGAGGCAAGUACUACAGUCACCCGUGUUCCGCUGCUGAGAAAGCUGAAGGUUAGAGAAAGGAAUGACAUGCUGAGCUCACAGAUGACAAAGCCCGCGUUGUAACCACCCCACUCUUCUCUCUUCUGUGAUCUGCAGCUAACACUGCCUCUCUGCAGUCAGGGAUGAGCACAGCAGCCCAGAACCUGGCAGGGUUAGCAAAGCCAAGAAUCAGUAUAAGUGCCAAUGGGGAUGAAGUGAACAUCAAGACGGAAAGUUCCUUCAAGAACACGGAGAUCUCCUUCAAACUGGGGGAAGAAUUUGAUGAAACCACAGCAGACAACCGGAAAGUAAAGAGCAUCAUAACAUUAAACAGUGGUGCAAUGAUUCAUGUCCAAAAAUGGCUUGGCAAAGAGACAACAAUCAAAAGACAAAUUGUAGAUGGAAAAAUGGUAGUGGAAUAUAUCAUGAAUAAAACUGUCAGUACUCGAAUUUAUGAAAAGAGCUGUGUUGAAUUCUCAUCCAUCACAAUGAGCAACAAAUUCCUGGGCACCUGGAAACUUGUCUCCAGUGAGAACUUCGAUGAUUACAUGAAAGCUCUGGGUGUGGGGUUAGCCACCAGAAAACUGGGAAAUUUGGCCAAACCCCGUGUGAUCAUCAGCAAGAAAGGGGAUGUUAUAACUAUAAGAACUGAAAGUACAUUUAAAAAUACAGAGAUCUCCUUUAAGUUAGGUCAGGAAUUUGAAGAAACCACAGCUGACAGCAGGAAAACAAAGAGCAUUGUAACCUUGUCAAGAGGCUCAUUAAAUCAAGUGCAGAAAUGGGAUGGCAAGGAGACGACAAUAAAAAGAAAGUUGGUGGAUGGGAAAAUGGUAGAGGAAUGUAAAAUGAAGGGCGUGGUCUGCACCAGAAUUUAUGAGAAGGUCUGAGAAAAUUAUUUCCUCAUUGAAGUGAUAUUUGAUCAUUUGAUGUUGGAAAUCAACGGUUUUCAUUGGCAAGGCCCGACUACUCUGCAAUUUAUCUGUUUGUUUUUGCUUUUGUCCUAAUAGAUCAAAUAGGUAAAGGCCUAAACUGAGGAUUAAUCUAAAAUUCAGUGUUGUUUAAACAUUUUCAAUUUGUAUGCAUUUCCUUACUCUAUUAAAGUAUGUAUAUUGGCCA